AUGGAUCUCUUUGAUCAACACAAAGGCACAAUUAAGCGCUUCGGUAUGAAGCUUUUCAACAAGUACCGCAACGGUAACGGCGGCGGCAUGGGCGGCGGCGGCUACGGCAGCGGCAGCGGCAUGGGCGGCAACUCUAUGGGCGGCGGCGGCUACGGCGGCGGCAGCGGCAUGGGCGGCAACUCUAUGGGCGGCGGCGGCUACGGCGGCGGCAGCGGCAUGGGCGGCAACUCUAUGGGCGGCGGCGGCUACGGCGGCAGCAGCGGCAUGGGUGGCAAUUCUAUGGGCGGCGGUGGCGGCUACGGCGGCGGCCGCUAUUAA